GGGCUGGGAAGAGCCCCGCGUUACGGCCCGGGGGGGAGCGGCCCGGCCCCUGCCGGGCUCCGGUUACCCGCGGCAGCGGGGUGCCGGGGGGCGCCGGGCCGGGGCGCCAGCCUGGCCCCCCCGCUGGGGUGUCGGCUCGCGUUGGUUCGCGGUUGCUUCCCCGCGGGCCCGCAGCGUGCCUGGCAGCGUGGGGUGCGCGUCCCCCUCGCCGCCGCCCCGGCACAGCUUCAGUCCGAUUUUCGCCUCAAGUAGCUGCUGCAGCGGGCUUGGUUCGAAGAACAGUUUCAGACGUGGCGGCGGCGGCGCGUUGCCUCUCCAGCGUUGCCUAGUCGGCCACAGCGUUACUGUAGACUUUUUCUGGGGCAACCUGCCCAAGCAUGCAGCACUGCCCCUCAAUCAGCACUUGAGCUGAAGCAGAUCAGUCAUUGUCCCAGCCUCUCAAAUCUUACCCAGGUCACGAUGGUGCCAUUGGGGCAUUUAGCCAAAGGGGCCACUUUGGAAGAUCUUCUUGAAACCUGCAUUCAGUCUUUUGAUUUAGAAGGAAAUGCAUGUCAGAACAACCAGCUGCUAAAGAUAAUUCUGGCCAUGCAUCAACUUAUCAUCUCUUCUGCAGACAUGCUCCAGAAACUCAUUGAUCUCUAUCUUAAUGCUUUAGAAAAUAAGUCUUCAAUGCUGUGUGUAAAGAUAUGCUAUUUUGUGAGGUAUUGGAUUACAGAGUUCUGGGUUAUGUUCAAAAUGGACUCUAAACUGUCCACAACUAUGGAGGAAUUUCAGGAACUGGUUAAAGCUAAUGGUGAGGAGUUACACUGUCGUCUGAUCGACACAACUCAAAUAAAUUCUAGGGAUUGGUCUAGAAAGCUGACACAGCGUGUGAAGGUCAACACCAGUAAGAAACGGAAAGUCUCGCUUCUUUUUGAUCAUCUUGAGCCAGAGGAGCUGUCAGACCACCUUACAUACCUUGAAUUUAAGUCUUUCAGAAGAAUAUCAUUCUCAGAUUAUCAGAACUACAUUGUGAAUAGUUGUGUGAAGGAGAAUCCAACAAUGGAACGAUCAAUUGCUCUUUGCAAUGGUAUCUCUCAGUGGGUGCAGCUAAUGGUUCUCAGCAGACCAACGCCACAGCUUCGGGCUGAAGUGUUCAUCAAGUUUAUUCAUGUUGCACAGAAGCUCCACCAGCUGCAGAAUUUCAAUACAUUAAUGGCAGUGAUAGGAGGUCUCUGUCACAGUUCCAUUUCCAGACUCAAGGAAACAAGCUCAUGUGUUCCUCAUGAUGUAAUUAAGGUGUUUAAUGAAAUGACAGAACUGCUUUCAUCUUACAGAAAUUAUGAUAGUUACCGACGUGCCUAUAACGAGUGCAGUAACUUUAAGAUCCCAAUCCUUGGGGUCCACUUGAAAGACUUGAUAUCACUUUAUGAGGGCAUGCCGGACUACUUAGAGGACAAAAAAAUUAACAUAUACAAACUGUACUCUCUGUAUAACCACAUAAAUGAGCUGGUACAACUCCAGGAAAUGCCACUUCCCCUGGAGGCUAAUAUGGACCUUGUUCAUUUGCUUACACUCUCCCUUGAUCUUUACUACACUGAAGAUGAAAUUUAUGAGCUUUCAUAUGCACGAGAGCCACGAAGUCACCGAGCUGCUCCUUUGACACCUUCCAGACCACCGGUAGUUGCAGACUGGGCCUCAGGAGUCGCCCCAAAACCUGAUCCAAAAACCAUUAGCAAACAUGUUCAGAGGAUGGUAGAUUCUGUCUUCAAAAAUUAUGACCAUGAUCAGGAUGGAUACAUUUCCCAGGAAGAAUUUGAAAAGAUAGCUGCCAGUUUUCCAUUCUCAUUUUGUGUAAUGGCUAAGGACUGGGAAGGUCUGAUUAGCAGGGAUGAAAUAACAGCUUACUUUAUGAGGGCUAGCUCAAUCUAUUCCAAAUUAGGACUUGGCUUUGCUCACAACUUCCAAGAGACCACUUACUUAAGGCCUACUUUCUGCGACAACUGUGCUGGAUUUCUAUGGGGAGUCAUUAAACAAGGAUACAGAUGCAAAGACUGCGGAAUGAACUGUCACAAGCAAUGCAAAGAUCUGGUUGUGAUAGAGUGCAAGAGAAGACCCAAAACUUCAGUUGCAGACAGCAGCCCAACAUCUGCUCUUGCUUCCAGCCUCUGCCCAGUAGGAGUCAAAGAGCAAUUCCAUGGACAAGAGGAAGGACUGUUCACGUUUCCUAAUGGAGAAUUAGUGGAACACAGUGAAGACAGCAAGGACCGAACCAUUAUGCUCAUGGGUUCCUCAGCUCAGAAAAUCUCAGUGAGACUGAAACCAGCUGUGGUUCAUAAAGGUACACAGACUGAUUCUGCCACGCCGGCUGGUGAUGCAUCUCGUAGGCAGACAGAGAAGAAAGAACACAGGAUGCCAGAAAAUCCUUAUCUCCAGGCAGCUGCACCACCCCUACGUCCAAGCCCAAUUCUAGGCCGCAAAAAGGCGUAUGUUAAAUGGGAAAACAAGGACUCCGGCCAGAAAACGAAGGAGGAGCAUCACAGCUGUAAACCCUCCUAUCAGGAACUUGAGCAGGAAAGAAAUAUUCUAAAGGCAGACAAUGAAGGUUUAAAGAUCCAGCUGGAACAGGCACAUAAAACAAUUGAGUCUCUCACGAUCCAGAGAAGAAACCAUGUAGUCAAUAACCUACAAUACAGAGACUGCUCCUAGCAGACAAGAGAGGAAAUCUCCUAUGGAAGAACGUAAGACUGAAGGCGGAGCUGUGGUAAGGCACAUUUAUCAAGUGAACGAGAGAGAGUCUGAAGGAUGUUAAACAGAAAUACUCUUUACUCAACACAUUUCCAGAUUAAACAUACACUCCCAAAUGUAUAAAUCCAUUCCUUUGACUUUUUAAGGUCAUUUAGCAUUAUCUGUGCAAUGAAAAUACUAUCUUCUGGGAUUGCUUUUAAAAGGAGUGACAUUGUUGCUUAAGUUUCUGUUAAUGAUGAAGACCAUGUGGAUUCCCCAGUGACUUGUCUGGCAGCAGCACACCUUACUCUACAAGUGUUCUUAGAAAGUAGGUAUUCGUAAGACACUGUCGUCUCAGAUUUUCCCCAAAUUCAGGUUUGUAGAAACAAAUGUUCAAAAAAUCAGAGUAUUUAAGUAAAACUGUAGAAAUAUUCCAUUAAGAGGAACGGUUCUUUAUUGUGGCUGAAACCAAUUAAAAUUAUGAAGCGAACUGUCAUCUUUCCAAAGUUUAGCAAGAAUAUUAAAAUAAGUGGUUAAGCUAAUGAUACUUGAUUCUUAGACUUUAAGAUAAACUGACAAUUUUUUUAAACCUCUUUCAGAGCUUUAGAAAUCCCGCUGCUCAAACACUUACCUUUGUUGAGGUAAAACAGAUGAAACUAGAGAGAGUUUACAUUGAAUACUGCUCCUGUUUUUGUGUUCCACGCCACAGCUUGGAACACUUAGCCCUACUUAUUUGGCUUAAGGGAUAACUUGUUGUCCACAUACCGUAGAUACAGGACAAGGCUGAUUAUUUUUCUGUCAUGUCAGAGUGGAUGGCGUUGUUGAGUAGAACCUCAAGGGCCAUGUGAUGAGGGAAUCUGUACAGUAAUCCCAGUGUCACAGUUACUGUAUUCCAGAGCUCCUAACUUAUGAUUCUAACUACUAGGGUUUCUCCAUGGGUUUGUCUUCUAUAUUUCACAUGCACUUUAGGUAAAGAGUCAAGAUGAGUGUGCUCUUAUGUGUGUAAAUUUUGUAUAGUAAAAGGUCCUAGGGAGGUAACUUAAUUCUCUUAAAGCUACAAAGUGUACAUAUUGUAAAAGACGACAAAACAGUCUUUCAAGUUCCUGGUAAAUCUGCUCAUCAGAAUAGCCAACUUUGUCUUGGAAUGCAAAUGCAAUUUUAGUCUGUACACUGACAGCUGCAUAAAACUUGCUUGCAUUUCUCAGAGGGAUUCAUCAUCAUACACUUAAACAUCAGAACCUUAUGACUUUGAUAUGUUUAUCUACAAAGUCCAUUCAAUGCUUUUCAAAACUUGUAAGUUCCAAGUCCGUUAUAGGCUGAAAUUUAGUCAACCCAUUACAAUAGCAUGCGUGCUUUGUUGAAAGUGGUAUAAGUGUAUGUUCCAUCUGCAAUUUACAGUCAUUAUCAAGUAUAUGAAUGCUUUAUUUAUAAAAAAAGUCCAUUUGAAGCUAAUUUUAAGUGAUUCUAAAUUCUUGGUUUGAAUUCUGUUUGUGCUUGCAUCCCCAUGUGUAAGUAAAAACAAAUGGAGGGAAACUGUAGUAAUAAUAGAUUUUGUUACCUUACUGUAAAUAACUGAAACGCAUAGGACAAAAACCAGCAGCUGUGAAGAUUGUGCAGCUUUUUUUCCUCAUACACUAAACCUGAAUUACUAACAAUUAACAUGGAAUUGCACUUUGAUCAAUGAAGCAGUCAGAAUGGCUUUCAGGUCAUGACUGCAAACCUGCUUUGCCCAUUUUCUGCAAGCUUCUCGAUUUUGUCCUCUACUCAAGGAACUACAGCAAGGCACAUUCCUAAUAGGCAUUUAGCAAGUAAGUCUGUUUCUGCAACAAUUGGAAUAAACAAGAUAAAAGUUGAAUGUUUUAUGUACUUCGAAAAUACCCAAAAAAGAGCAGCGAAAACUUACGAAUCUUGUGCAGCCAAGAUAACUGUUUGCUUGUGGUCUAAACUCUGGAUUCUGACAGAAUUUGUGUGUAUGCAUACACUUUGUGCUGGGGGGUGGAGAUCAUGAACAAAAGCUGUUACUUAAGAAAAUUCCCUAACAUCAACAGCUGGCCUAUAGGCUACCGUGUUACUAGGUUGAGUACUUAAUACUCAAAAUUGAGUUACAAUCAAAGAUUUGUACAGCCUUAACUGCUAACUUAACAUUUCUCUGUGUUUUCUUCUUGCUCCUACAAUCUGAAUGCCUUAGAAGGGAUCUGUUUGCAGGAAUGCCUUACAGAAUAAGUAUGUGGUGCUUGACAUAAGCUGAAAACUUCCUUCUUCGAAGUCAGUUGGUACCUGGAGAAUCUCUGAGCUCUCAAAGUACCUUCAGGUUCUCUGUUUGCCCAAAGCUCCUUACAGUUGGGGUUUUGUUUGCUUGUUUAUGAUGGGAGCCCCUUCUUUCUUUGGGGACUUCCUUUUUGCUGCAUGAAAGACUAAUAGCAGAAACUGACUACAGGGAUACUGACAGAGCUACUGAACAAAAAUCGUAUCUGUAUUAAUCUCCCAAGCUGCUUCAUGCUAGGAAAAAAAAUACAAUUAAAGUACUAAGUGCUGUUUAAAAGUAAUGUUAGCAAACACUGAUACUGAAAUUUUAUCGUCAUGGCUAAUUUAAAUGAAAAGCACUCACCUGUAUUCCUUCUCCAGGCUCAGCUGUGUUUCAUGUACAUACAGGAAGGAAGAAAAACCAAGUGCCUACCCCCUACCAAGUACAGUUUAUUUUCAAGUGUGAAUUCUGAUAAUUAGAUAUUUAAUUCUUUUUAAUUUCUAAAUUUAAGAUAAAAAUAGAUGGAGUCAUAAUCACAAUUAACAAUCACAAUUAAUUAAGGCAGGGGUGCUGUUCAUAUUCAGAUUAAACACAACUACCUUUAAAUAGCUUAUAUGUUUUUAGAAAUACAUUUUUGUUACAGUAGCAAUCUGUUAUUUUGUUGUAACUGAUCUCUGUGGCAACUUGAAAAAUUUUUGGUCUGAUGCUGUUGGAGAAGAUUGAAAAAGUGUACAGAUUGUAAAGAUUUUAUAUAAAUUGUAAGAUUACUGUUAACUAUUUAUAAUAGAAAAAAAAUAAAAUCACAGUUCAUGCCUCA